UAUUUUCUAACUGUUCCGUGCUGAUUGAUCACCUUCAGGUCGGGGACAAACACCUGUGAUGCCUCGCGUUGUAAUUGUUUUGAAGCGCGGCCCGUGACAAUUUUUUGCGGUGCGCAUCGCUGAAUUUCGUGUCGACGUCGACAUCGCCGCGAUUCGCCGAGAUGAGCUUCGUCGACGUGGUGUUCGCCGCCGAAAUGGGCUGACUACGUGACCCUGCCGAGUCCGUUUUGGACGCAUUCCAACAAUUUCUUUUAUUUUAAUUCCAAUCAAAAAAUAAUGCUGCUCGGCGAGGCGCUCUUCUGGACCCUGAAAGACGACGCGCUCGUCAUCCCCAGUACCGACUACGGCGCCUUCAGGUAUAGCGAUAAGAAGGGAUCGUUUUAUUUGGAGGCAAAGAAGUUCUACACGGCCUCGAGAAGCUCUUUCGACACCUCAGGCCACAAGGGUAGCACCUUCAAGAAGGACUGCCUCAGAGAAUUAGAGGAGUUGAUAUCUCAGCAAAGAGUUGUGCAAUGCUGCUGGCGGAACAACACGGUGCUGCAGAUGCUUUUUUCCUCUGGGUUGUUCGCCUACGUCAGGGUGCAUCCUUUAAAAGGGGACAUCGAGAAAAUCACCUUCGACCGAUACCUGGUCGGAAAACUCGCUGCCGAGUGCAUCACCGAUGUGGUGUGCAGCAGGGAGAGCGUGAUAGUGACGUACAGCAGCAACGUGAUCUCGCUAGUGAGUCUGCUGAAGCCGUCCAAGCACCCGGACAAGCUGAGCAGGCAGGACCCGCGUCUGAACACGUUCGAGCUGGCCGGUCCCAGCGGACGGAGGCUCGAGAGGAAAUUGUCGCUCAAUCCCGAGCACAACAUGGUCUUGGUGUGGUGGAGGUAUUCGCAGAACGAGCUCUACCCGUGGAGUCCCAUGACCAAAGACUGCGACCGCGCCAAUUUGCUCGUCUACAAAAUUUCAGAGUCAAGACUGGAGCUUCUUUGUUUUUACAAAACGGAAGCAGACCCUUUGAUGAUAAGUUUCAGCAAGAUGCACCCGAACCGCAUUUUCCUCGUCGAGCAGAAAGUGUCAUUAAAAAAUGGCGAAGUGAACGUGGAGAGCAGCCAAUUCGAAGUGUCCAAGGUGAGCAUUUCGCGGACGAGUCCGGUGGACGUGCUGCAGCUGAAGACGGAGGUGUGCAGCGUGGCCCAGAGUCCGUCCGAACACACCCUGGCCCUGGGCUGCAUCGACGGCUCCGUCCUGCUCCACUCCACCUGCGCCUCCAUCCUCGUCAAAUCGCUUUUCAUUCCGUACCACCUCGUUUGGCAUCCGGACGGCGCCUUGCUGCUGGCUGCAAACGAAAAGGGCCAAAUCAGGUGCUACGACUUGGCGCUCGCCCCCAUCAACUUCCAAAUCGCCAGUGAAACACCUCAGAGCUGCAACUUCCUGGAUCUCUCCCCCUACUUCAGAGGCCAGCCGCAUUUAUCCAACAUCUGCUGGAACAGACAGUCGGACGUGUCAGGGUCCAAUUAUUCAGCGACCUCCGAUGGUCUGGUUUUCAUGCUCUUUUCGAGGGGCCCGUGCGUGGCUCUCAGGGUGAUCAUCGGCGGCGGCCUGGGAACGGGCGACCUGAGCCUGACGCCGGAAAGGCUGGUCUGCAUGUAUUUGAAGUCGAACCUGGUCGACUGUGCCAUCAAUUUGCUUCGCUGCUUGAGCUGGGAGAACCAGGGUCAAUCGUGCAUCGCCGCCUUGCACCUCAUUAUCCAUAAUUUAAUCGCUAAAAGACUGACACCACGUUCCGAAGUACAACUAGAGGCGGCGCUGGGAAUCUUCAUGUCCCCGACGGUGCCUCUUAGCAAAUCCGUGGAGAAGAAAUACGGCCACAUAGUUCACAGUUUCGCCAGAAAAUUCUUCUCCCACAUUUUAAGAUUUAAUCGGCUAGAACUGGCCUUCCGUCUGGCAAUCGACAUCGGCGACUGUGAUUUGUUCCUGCUGCUGCACUCGCAAGCCAAAGCGGUCAACAACCUCGAGUUGGCCAAGGCGGCCGUCGAGUACGCCGACCAGCUCACCAGGGAGCUCAACGACGACUCCGAGUCGACGUCGUCACAUUGCUCGCGGUCUUCGUGCUCUCAGUGCGGCAGCGACGGACAAACCGAGACCGAGGUCAAGCGCCUCAGCUUCACGGCGGCCCAGAAAAACGCAAAGGUCACCUUUUCUGAAACGGUCACUCACAUUGUGCACUCUGAAAAUGGCGCUGCGGAGGAGGAGGACGACGACGACGGCGCAGCGGCGGCCAGCACCCCUUUACUCGGCCCCGUCGCCAAAGGUCGGAGAAUCGGACAGGUGGCCGGCAGCAGGUCGGCCCUCUUGCCCCCGAGUCCCAACAUCUCGGGGCUGCCGGUGAUCGACCCUUUGGCCCUGAAGGUCGGCCCCAUGAGUAAGCAGCCGUUCUACGUGCGCGGCGAGCGGUCGCACACCUUCCAGGGCGCCACCUACAGACCGCCCUUCCAGAUGGGGCGGCCGGCAAAGGACAACACCUCCUACAAUCCGGACACGGACGACUCGGCCCUCAACGUGCACAUCGCCUGGAAGAGCGUCACCACCCUGACGGACCCCAGGACCAGAACCUCCAUUACGCAGGUGAGCGAAGCAUUCGAGACGCUGCUGAUGCCGCAGGCGAGUCUGGACCUGAGCAAAGUGGGCGGUGACAAUUUCGCCGUGGCCGCGUGCAAGCAGGCGCCCAAGAAGCCGAGCGUGUCCGAAGUCAAAAGUCUCAGCACGCUCAACAAACCUGCGGUUGUUUCAAAAGCGAAGAGCGAAGAGAAAAUCUCGAACAACAACCUGCCGAGCACCUCCAAGGAGGGGCAGCUCAACGGACGGCAGGAGGCGUCGGGAAGCAGGCUGGCGAAUGCAUUUUUCCGGCCCAGCAGGAACGAAAUCGGGCUGCCGAUGAAAAAUUUCAAGGCAGUCUUCAGCGAGCCCGUUGAUGUUUAAAUAGAAGGAAGUGCUCAAAUUUUAAUUUUAGAUCUGAUGAAUUGGUUUUUGACAAAAAUGUGAUACUUGAUUUGUUCAAAAUUUUAAUUUCUAGUUGGAACGGUGUGGAGAUAUUUUAUAUUCGAGCUUUAAAAUCGUUAAUAACAUUGGUUGAUAAAUUUAUAAUCUAUCUACGUAUCUAGGUGCGAUUUUUUAAUAAAAUAAAUACAAAUGGUUGCAUUUAAAA